GCCAGCGCGGACGCUGCUAUAUAAGUGGGGGGGCCGCGGAGCGGGGGAGCCCGGCUGCGCUUUGGAGAAGCGAGGAGCCGCCGCCCGAGGCCGGUCCCGGCGAGCAAGGGCGCCUCGGCCCCCGGACCCAUUUCCCAGUGGCGAGCGCCUGGAGCCAGGAGCCCGGGUGCUUGGGUCUGUGAGGCGCAGGGCACCCCAACUGCUGGCCUCCCCGUCACCCGCUCGCAGCCAAGCUCAGCGGGCGAGGCCCCCGGCGCCCCGCAGCCGCCGCCGCGCCAUGCUCCACCUUAGCGAGUUUUCCGGCCCCGACGCGCUCCUGGUCAAGUCCACCGAGGGCUGUUGCGCGGAACCCAGCACCGAAUUGUCCCGGCUGCCCGGCAGGGACGCGCCGGCUACCGCCGGCUACCCCGGAGCAGGCGACUUCUUGAGCUGGGCUUUGAGCAGCUGCGGCGCCGGGGGGGACUUAGCCGAUUCCUGCUUCCUGGAGGGGCCUGCACCCACGCCCCCUCCUGGCCUCAGCUACAGCGGUAGCUUCUUCAUCCAAGCAGUACCCGAACACCCGCACGACCCGGAGGCACUCUUCAACCUCAUGUCGGGCAUCCUGGGUCUGGCACCUUUCCCCGGCCCUGAGGCGGCAGCAUCCCGGUCUCCGCUGGACGCCUCUUUUCCCGCAGGCCCCGACGCCUUGCUGCCGGGUCCACCGGACCUUUACUCCCCGGAUCUGGGCGCUGCCGCCUUCCCAGACGCGUUCUGGGAGGUCUCACCCUCGGCAGGCGCCCCCUCACAGUGCCUGUAUGAGCCUCAGCUCUCCCCGCCCGACGUCAAGCCAGGCCUCCGGGCGCCUCCGGCCUCUCCCGCGCUGGACACUGCCUCGGCCUUCAAAGGCCCCUACGCUUCCUGGGAGCUGCUCUCAGCUGGAGCCCCAGGGAGCUGUGGGUCACAGGGAGGUUACCAGGCCGCCCCCGACGCCCGUUUCCCCUCGAUGGGGGCCAAGAUUGAAGACCUGCUGUCCAUCAGCUGCCCAGCGGAGCUGCCGGCCGGUCCCGCCAACAGACUCUACCCCACGGGGUCUUACGACGCUUUCCCGCUGGCCGCAGGUGACUUAGGGGAGGUGGCCGAGGGCCUCCCGGGUCUCCUGACCCCUCCUAGUGGGGAUGGGGGGAGUAGCGGCGACGGCGGAGAGUUUCUGGCGGGUACUCAGGCUCAGGUUUCUCCCCUGGGCCUCCGCAGCACCGCGGCGGACUUCCCGAAACCUCUGGUGGCAGACAUCCCUGGGAGCAGUGGCGUGCCUGAGCCUCCUGGGCCACCACCGCCGGCCCCAUUCCCCCCCACUAAGGCGCGGCGCAAGGGGCGCCGGGGUGGCAAGUGCAGCGCGCGUUGCUUCUGCCCGCGGCCGCAUGCCAAGGCCUUUGCUUGCCCAGUGGAGAGCUGUGUGCGCAGCUUUGCGCGCUCCGACGAGCUCAACCGCCACCUGCGCAUCCACACGGGCCACAAGCCCUUCCAGUGCCGCAUCUGCCUCCGCAACUUCAGCCGAAGCGACCACCUUACCACACACGUGCGCACUCACACGGGUGAGAAACCCUUUGCCUGCGACGUGUGCGGCCGCCGCUUCGCGCGCAGUGACGAGAAGAAAAGGCACAGCAAGGUGCACCUCAAGCAGAAGGCGCGCGCCGAGGAGCGGCUCAAGGGCCUUGGCUUUUACUCUUUGGGCCUCUCUUUCGCAGCCCUGUGAGAGGGAAAUGCGUUUGUAGAUUGAGGCGCCGCCGCCCGGCACGAAAGAGGCGACCUGGCCCGCCCCCCCACCCCACCCCCCUUCCCGGCACGUCCCGGGGCCGGCUUCUGGUCCGGCUUCCAGUUCCCUUGAAGUGCCCGCCGUUCACGCCUCGUUCAGCACCAGCUCCGUGGACAGCUCCUGCGGUUCCCCGGCGCUGACUCCCGCGUCAGCCGCGCUUUGAGGGAAGUCCUCUCAGGCCACCCACUGAGUAGGCCCUUCCUUGGAACUCAAGAUAGUCUUUUGUAACUGGCUUGGCGCACGCCCCAUGCCCCUCAUUAGACCCCCUCCCCCCAGAGGCAGGCUGGGGCAGCGCCGAGCCGGUCUCGCGCGGGAUUUUGUACAGCAAUGUCGUUUCCAGCAGCCAUUGGAUGUAACGUUUUGCUUUGGGGUUAUUUCCUUUUGUUGUUGUUAAUUUUUGUAAAGCAGACGCUACUCUCGAGCAGUUGACAAAACUGUUUAUUUUUGCAAUUAAAAUUAUUGUGCUAAA